AUGGACACCGCCAGUGCCAUCGAACAACUCCGCCAAGGACAAAAGCCGCAGUGGCCUGCACAUGCCGAGUCAUUCGACUUUGCACGCUCCCUCGACGAAAGCAACCAAUUACCGCACACGCUCCGCCCCGAAUUCAUUGUCCCCAGCAAAGCGCAGCUCAAGCGCAAAUCCCUGAAAGACGAUGCACAAACCGCAAGCCCAGCUACAAGUGCAGAUGAGGAGGCCAUUUAUUUCUGCGGUAACUCUCUGGGCCUCCAGCCCAAAGCUGUCGGCGAACACUUGAACGCAUACCUCAAGACAUGGGGAUCCAUAGCCGUCGGUGGACAUUUCACCGUCCUGGAAGACUCGCCACUUAAACCCUACCAAGACAUGUCGGCUGAAUGUUCAAGAAUGAUGGCCGGUAUUGUUGGUGCAUCGCCUUCGGAAAUCGUCGCGAUGAACACGUUGACUAUCAAUCUGCAUUUGAUGAUGGCGACCUUCUACAAGCCAACAGAGAAGAAGCACAAGAUCAUGUGCGAGUGGCGGCCAUUCCCCAGCGACUGGUAUGCGAUUGAGUCGCAAAUCGAAUGGCAUGGACUUGACCCCAAAAAGUCGAUGUUGCUGGUAGAGCCAGACGACGGCUACAUCAUGACAACGAAGAACAUCUUGAAACUCAUUGACGAAAACGUCGACGAGCUUGCUCUCAUACUGCUACCUGGCAUCCAGUACUACAGCGGCCAGCUUCUCGACAUCCCUACCAUUACUGCUCAUGCACGGAAACACAACAUCACCAUCGGCUGGGACCUCGCACACGCCGCCGGCAAUGUUGAACUCAAGCUGCACGACUGGGACGUCGACUUUGCAUGCUGGUGCACAUACAAGUACAUGAAUGCUGGAGCCGGUGCCAUCGCCGGUGUCUUUAUCCACGAGAAGCACGGCAACAACGACCACUACACAGGCCUGAAGGGCUGGUACGGCCACGACAAGUCAUCCCGUUUCCAAAUGGACAACAAGUUUGUCCCUACACCUGGUGCGCAGGGCUUCCAAUGCUCCAACCCCUCAAUGGUCGACCUCACCUGUUUAUCCGGCGCACUAAAAGUCUAUGAAAAGACUUCCAUGGCCAACCUGCGCUCAAGGUCUCUCCUCCUGACCGCCUACGCCGAACACCUGCUUUCUCAAAUCGCCGCACGAAACAUCAGGGACGGCGCCUUCCCCUUCCAAGUCAUCACACCUACGGAUCCGCUUGCCCGCGGCGCACAGCUGAGCGUUUUGCUGCCUGAAGAUAUCUUUGACGAGGCAAGUGAAAAGCUGGUGGAAAACGGCAUUAUUUGCGACAAGAGGAAACCGGGUAUCAUUCGCGUGGCGCCAGUGCCUUUGUACAACACUUUCGGUGAUGUGUGGAGAUUUAUGCACGUCUUUGAGGAGGCGUUGGCGGAGAAGAAGAAGGAGCAGAGCCAGUCGCAAGGGACGGUGCCGCCGAUGGUCGAGGCCAGGCUGUAG